GCCUUUUUUUUUUAAACCAUGUACACUUCAUUUUUAAACUGUUUUGGUGGCCAAUUUUCAGUGUAGUUCAUACUUUUUUCAUCACUUCUGUCUUCAAAUUUUAUUUCACGCCCAAAUUUGUUUAUCAACUGUUAAUAAAUUAUUAGAACUUUUUUCUACUGAAAUAAAACAUUGGAUUCUCUGUCAAUAGUGACCUCUAGAGGAUUUUUUCCUUUUAUAUUCUGACUUUGAGAAACAGUUCCGGUUCCCGCCUGCAGGGGGCGAUCUGAGUCCUGGUCAGCAGGUGUCUCCUCCUCUCGGCUCCUCUCGGCUGCUCUCGUAUCUUACCGGGUUUCCAGCAACGCUGCAGACCGAGCCCUCUCCGUGUCAGUUCAAUCUGGCCGUCCUCCUCUCUCAUCAUCCUCACUGUCGAGCUCUUCUGCGGGGGAUAAUCCGGAUCUGAGCGGACAACCAGGAUAGAUUACAUGAAGGUGUUUGGGACUCUACUGGGAAAACAUGUGACAGCAGGUCCUUGUUGUGCCACAAACACCCUUUAAUCAAUAAGCUGGUUUUUCAGACCUGACGGCAUGCAGGAGUGAUUUUUUUCUUCAAGCCCCCCUCAGGGUGCUGUAAACACAGAUCCAUUUCCACCAUGUGUGAGCGAGGAAAGCCGUUUGCCAAUGGGGAGUUACAGAAUAACAACCCGCGGGGUGCCAUGCCGGCUGCCGGAGAUGCAAACGCCAACGAGAUCCAGGCAGAAGAUGGUAGAGGAACAGGAGAUGGUGACUCUCUGUUGGGGCUGAUGGCAGACACGUCAGAGCGGGAUAAAGUCAUCAUUUGGGGUACAGACUCUCAGUGUGACGACCCCGAGCUGGCUGAGUUUGAGAUGCUGGAGUGCCAGGAGCUGGAGGCUUACCUGGUUGAGGAGGAGGAGGACUUUGUUGGACUUGCGGAGAGGAAGGAACUUCUGGAGCAGCCCUUAUCGGAGGACAAAGCCUCAGUACGGCAAGCAGGUGACGCCUCAAGCCAAAAGGAGAAGAAUGCACAUGUGGAUGUUACCCACCAGCAGAAAUCAAGCCUGGCUGAGAUCAGAGAGGAGUCCCGGACAGACUUGAGCUCUGAAAACGAGGCGUUUGUCACUUGCUUGUCCUCCAUUUCCAGCAUCGCCACGGCUACACAGAUGACCGAGUCCUGGCACGCCGCCUCUGGUCCUCACUCAGAGGACGUGGCGUCUCAAACGUGUGGCACCGUCUCCGAAAGCUCUCUCAGACCCGAUCCAUCUCUAUUUAGCACAAAAAAGCAGAGAGACUUUGACAUGAAUUUGAACUGUCACUCAGAGGAUGCCCUAUCACAAGGAGAGGCGACGAACUUGCUGAAGGAUGUAAGCGACAAGCACAAAGGCAAGAAUGAGACGGGAAACUCGGUGUCAGGAGUCGGCGAUUGUACUGACGCUUCAUCCUCUGCAAAAGAAUCCAAAGAGGAAAGCAACAGUAAAAGGGAUAAAAGCACCCAAGCUGAUGAAACUCCCGACUUGAUCAAAGCAGCCAAAACGGGCACUCCGUCAUCAGCUGAGAGCAAAACCUUGAAGAAACAAGGAUCAUUUGAUAACUCACUGAAGAAGCAGAGUUCCUUUGACAGGAGUUUCAAAAAGCAGCCUUCGUUUGAGAAUACUUUACUGAAAAAGCAGCUUUCCUUUGACAACUCCCUAAAAAAACAGGGCUCCUUUGAGAAAACCAGCACCUCCAACUCUUCAAGCCUGGAGAGGAGGAAGCCGUGGGGAAGCCCGAGCAGACCGGCAGCUCCUGGCUCUCCUAAAACUGGAUCCUGUUCUCCCAGGAGAAGACCGUCUGGCUCUCCAGCCAAAGUCCAGAGCAGCCGGGCUGUGAGUUUGGAGCGCAGCGACUGCCUUCACAAAAAUGCCGCCCCUCCAUUAAAGACGAGUGUGAGCUGCAGCGGGAUCCCCAAACCUGUCACGUGUCAGCAGAAAGACAACGAACCCGAGAAACCCAAAAACGUCCGACCAAAAAUCAUCACGUACGUCCGCAAAAGUACGCAACCAAAGCCGCAGGAUGAACCCUCCACAAGGCUACCUUCUCACCAUGACCAACCAGCUCAAAACGACUCGAAGGCUUUCCCCCAGUCAAGAUCCACACCAGUGCUCUCUUCCUCCAACCUGCUGUUUGACAAAUACCGACAGGAGAUGCAGAAAGCCGGAUACACUGGUGUGAGCGGCGUCAAACCGCCGAGCACCACCGUUCCCAUGAGGCCGGGCGGGAAGUCCGCAAGCUUUCACGGUGAGAUGUCCAGGAAAUAUCUCCACGAGCAUGUUCCACAAGACGGUGGAGUCUUGCACCGCUCACCCAGAACCUUAAGGCCUCAGCUGGGGUUGGGGGCGGUGACCAGGCAACCUGUGGCCAACACUCGGCUUCAGCACAUGGGUCAAAAGGCAGCUAACGCCUCGUGUCAGUCUACUCAGGCCGCCAAGGUUCCUCCUCUGGGAAACCAUGAUCUACCAGGACAGCAGAAAAGCUCUGGUCCAGAAACUACCCCUAAAAGCCUCCUGCUCAAAUCAGGCCAGUCCGGCCUUCGUCCUCCAGGCUUCUCUGCCCUUCCGGUGUCCCGACUGGCUGCUUUUGGCUUCAUCCGGAGCUCCAGCAUCUCAUCCGUCUCCAGCGACAGCAGCCAGGGUGACCCCUGCCGAAGCGCUCAGCUUCCCAGCUGUGGAGGCGAUGGCGCACCUCCGCAGAAAGCUGCAGCUCCUCAAAGCAAGGCGGCCAUCGCUACCAGCAGACCUCAGCCUCCCAACGCUCCCAGCAUGCAGCGCCGCAGUCUGCCCACGCAGCCCUCCUCCCCGUUCGCUUCAAGGAAAGAGUUCCAGAAAGACACAGAGAGUGCAGCAUCACCAAAAUCUUCACCAAAAAGAUUCGCGGUUGUUUCUCCGAAGCUGCAGUCUCCUGCUCGAGGGCAGACGGCGGUCUCUGGGGCGGUUCGGACCGUACGGGCCCAGCAGCUGGACCGGGCUCUGAUCCAGCAGCUGCAGGAGCGCUGCGACCAGCAAGCCCUGCAGCUGCAGAGUCUCCAGGCUCAGCUGAAGAAGGCCUCCCUGUGUCUCGAUGUUUUCAGCAUCACCACGCAGCAUUUUUGUCACAAGAGUGAGAGCGCCGUUGUGAGGGAGAGGGAGCUGUCCCUGGAGCUCGCCAAAAUCAGGGAUGAAGUUGCUUUCAACGUUGCACGGUGGGAGCAGCUGCAGCAGGAGAAGGAGGACCUGGAGCGCCGUUUUGAGGAGGAGCUGCAGGGACUACGGACGCAGCAGCAGAGGGAGCUGGGAGCGCUGGAGGAGCGUCUGAAGGUGGAGCAUCUGGACGAGACGGAGAAGCUGCAGGCCCAACAGCGAGCAGAGCUGGAGGAGCUGCAGUUCAGACAGCAGGAGCAGCUUGAGGAGAUGACUGAGAGCCAUGAAACGUCCCUGAUGGAGAUGGAGACGACCCACAACGACACCAUGGCCACGCUGCAGGAGGAGCACGCCAGGACUGUAAAGAAUCUAAAGAUGGCCCAUGAACAACAGAAGAAGUCACUGGAAGAAGAGUUUGAAAAGAUCAGACUUUCACUUCAGGAUCAGGUGGACACCCUGACCUUCCAAAACAGAAGCCUCAGAGAUCGAGCAAAGCGAUUUGAAGAAGCUCUUCGCAGAAGUACGGAUGAGCAGAUUGUGGACGCUUUGGCUCCAUAUAAACACAUCGAGGAGGACCUGAAGAGCUUGAAAGAAGUUCUGGAAAUGAAAAAUCAACAAAUCCAUCAACAGGAACUGAAGAUUGCAGAACUGGAGAAAAUACAGGCUGCAAAGAAUGUUUACCUGGAGGAGAAGCUGCAGGUGUUGCAGCAGCAGAACGAGGACCUGAAAGAGCGAAUAGACAAGAACGUCGCCGUGUCCAGACAACUCUCAAAGGAGAACGCCAACCUGCAGGUGAACGUAGAGAAGGAGAGCAACGAGAAGAAGAGGCUGAGUCGCACCAACGAAGAGCUGCUGUGGCGCCUCCAGACGGGCGAGCUGAGCCCCCGCAUGUCCCCAACCGGCUCCCCCAUCCACCGGCCCUCCUCUGGACCCGGCUCCCCGGCCCGCCCGCACUCCUACCAUCAAUGACAUUCUUCAAUCGGAGAACAAACCCUCAUGCUUAGACCAUCGGUCUCAUCUAUUUUAGGCUCAAAUCAGCAAAGAAAUGUUAUCUUUUAGACAUUUGAAUCUCUGACAAGAUGAAUUGUACUGAUGACUCAAUAAUUUAAUCAAUAUUUUGGAUGAAUGCCCUCAAAAAUAGACCCAUCGUCAUUUCACCUUCAGCUGAACUUCCUGUAAUCGGGAUGAAGGGCGAAGAAGACAAAAAAACACAAGAAGCGCCUUCUACCGUUCAUUCUCUGCCACCAGCAGCAUCUGCCAUGAAACAGGCAAUACUUGAGGAAACCUCUCAAAAUACUUGCUCUCAAAGCACACGUUUGUUUUCAUGAACAUCUUUCCAUUUUCAAUCAGCCAUCCCACCUUCUUCAAAAAGCGCAGUCUUUUAAACUCACUAACACUGACGAAAAAGCGCGACUGUCUUCCAAAUCACGUUAUUUUAUCUUUUCUCUGUACAAUGUUUAACAAUAAUGAGGCAGAGAGGCCUUAAAACUGAACAGAUUUCUGAUUCUCGGCCCUCAAUCAGAACAAAAAACAGAAGAACCUCAAAUCCUGAACAUCAAAGUUGCAAUCACUUAAGACUACGGUCACGUAUUCCAAAAAAUUCCAACACAUGGCGACCUAAAUGCAAGUCUUCAUCUGAAUCAGCAGAUGGCAGCGCGGCAGUAUUUGUUAUCGGGAGGUGACAGGGGUACAACUCCACAAUUUUUCUCUAUACGUUGACGUUGGUCAGUGGCAGCCCGGGCUCGUUUUUAGGUCAUCAGGUGGCAGUCCAGUAACAGACGGGUGGCAGGGAGGCAGCAGUGUGAUAAUAAGGUGGUAAGAGGGUCUCCAAGAUCCUCAAAAUCGUCUGAUGAUCAUCCGAUUUCAGACCUGCCAUUUCGCUACCAACACCCAAUUGUUAGAUAUGGUACGGUAGCAGCGUGAGGACUCGAUGAGGGCUGUUGACAUGGGCCAGGGGCCCGGUGAUGAUCAGACGUCAAUCUGCCAAUCCCGGCCACCGAUUGUCCAAAUGGGGAGACAGCAUCGAUGCUGCACAAAACUCAUCGUGCCAUUGACAGUGACUCACCUGUGUAUUGACGAAUUGUGACUGAUCCUGAGAAGAAUACGAAGAAGACAGAAAUAUUGCGCUUUCUUGGGAGGUUUGUUGUCUAAAAAUGUGUAAAUUGACAAGAUUAUGAUGUGUGCUUAAAAUUUGAGCUGCGAAUGACCAGUGUUGCAGAAUGGGCCGCUUUUUAUACACCUCUGGGCCAGCUACCGGACAGCUGGUGGUACUUGACGUGGACGGAGACAUUUACACAUUGUGCAAUCAGAGCUGCCACAGCCUAGCUGUUGUACGAUCUCAUAAAGGUGAUUUUUAAAAAUUGGGCGGGAUCAUAAAAUCUUGAGGAUUCUGCCUCCCCAUUGUGCGGUGGCAUAAUGGUGUACUAGUGACCGUAGCUUAACUGAGCUUUGCCAUCUACUGGGAUUCUUUGCUACAGACAUAAAAUCUAAAUGUUGCAGAUGAUACUAAAUAUCCCCACAAUUGACAUCUUUGCUGGAUUUAAUGCACAAAACUCUCUUUAGCAAAACCUUGUGCGCAUUUUCAUCUCAGAGACGUGGACUGCGAGCAUGCAAAUUGGGCUGCAGCGUUACCUCAUUUUUUUAUUUUUAUUUCUUUCAUUGUUAAUCUCAGGACUGGAGAAGCAUUUCAAGUCAUCAAAGGGAAGCUACUGCCAUAUCCCUCAUUUUUAGAUUUGCUGUCCUUUUUUCAUGUUUACAGCAACAAUCAUUUCAGAAAGUCGUUUUUUGUCUUGAAAGACGUCAGACUCCAGCUGUAAGACCUGACAUUUUAUCGAGGUUAGAGUUUGAACAGACGAUUACACUUUUUGUACAGUUCUUGAUGACGUUGAGUCAAUCGGGAGUUUCUGCAGCAGGAAUUAGAUAAAUGUGGAUCAGGCGAAGGGUUUCGUUGUGAUCUAAGGAGGAACGACCCAUCAAUCAGGUUCUUUGAAAGCACUGAUUACCUCUGUGUCCCAUGGACAUGUUCUCAUUUGCUGAAUGUUUGUUCAACACUACAUAAGUGCUUUUGUUUACAGCUUCUGUCCAAUGUAACAUGGAUGUCUCUGCUUCUGUUAGUUUACAGGACGUCUGUCGGUGAGAUUGUAUUAGCGUUUUACAGAUUCCUUUCUCUGGUUACGUUUCUAUGACCGCAUGUCUUUAAGAGCUGGCUGAGUGUUACUUUUGUACAUUCCACUGUUAUUUAUUAUCCCGCUUGCAGAACCUAAACCGUAGCCAAACAUGUUUAAAUUAUUGUGGUCGAUGAUGAAAGUACAUACUGUCUAUGUUGCAUUUUGUAUUUCAAUGUAAAAAAGAAAAAAAAAACCCUAGUCCACACAUAAAAUCACUAAUUGAA